GAGAGAGACAUGGCGCUUCAGGAACCCCUGUCCGUGCGCCUCUGUCACACUCGCCAGGGCUGCCUGCGGCCGCCAACAAUGCAGCUUAGCAGUCGACGCUUUGGGGUGCAGCGCGACGCCGGCACCGCGCGCACCGCGGCGUGAGGUGAGGAGGGCCUCGGCGGCCUCGGCGGCGCGCUGCCGCAGCCAUGGACACCAUCCUGGACGUGUUCUUCGAGAAGGUGUUCUCGCAGCUGCCGCGGGGCGCGCUCGUGUCGCGGUACAAGCGCGCCGAGCUGUCGGACUACUUCGGCACGGUCAUCGUCGGGUGCGUGGGCGCCGAGCACGUGACGGCGCAGGAGGCGGUGGCGAGCGCCGUAUGCGCGGCGCUACGCUACCACGCGGCCACCCGGGACGCCAACGGCGGCGUCUGCCUCAAGGGCAAGUUCCACGACAUCCUGUACGUGGCGGCCAAGCUGGCGUACGACUGGGAGCUGCGCGACGGACACACGGUGGCGCGGCUGCUGCGGGACCUGCACGCCUGCGAGGACACCUUCGAGCGGCUCGUGGUGGGCGCCAUCGUGGGCACCAGGGUCUCACACCUACUGUCUGGCUGGAAGAGCGAGUUUGCGGACCGAGAAGAGAACCUUCAGGCGGUCGAGUUCUUCCUGGUGCACGCCGACGAGCAGCGGCUGGUGUUCGGCGACGACCCCCGCGGCGCACCGGCCCCGGGCCCCCCCGGUGCGCAGGGAAGGAGGUUCGCCGACGUGCACAUGAGGGUGGACACGCUGAGCCUGCUGCUGCGGCACGGGGCCACCGUCCACUUCCCGGACCGCGAGUGUGCGGACGACUCGAGGGCGACCCCGGCCGACGUGCUCUUCGGCAAGCUGCUGGACUUCCGGGAGCGGCGGCCGGGCGAGCCGUUCCCCGAGGAGGUGCUGCUGUGCCUGCGCCUGCUGCUGCGGGCCGUGCCCUCCGCGGCGGACUCCGCACUGCUCCGGCACUGCCCCGACGUCAUCCUCUCCCUGGCCGCGCCCGACGGCUCCCCGCUGGUGCCCCCCAGCCGCCUCGGGGUCACCCCGCCCGAGCUCAAGCACCUGGCGCGGUGCACCGUGCGUCGGCACCUGUACCUCGCCUGGAGCCUGCCCCAAGGCAUCCAGGCCCUGAACGUGCCGCACGCCCUGAGGAGGUACCUGGACCUGGAGCUGGACUGAGUGGGCCGGUCGGUGUUGCUGUGGCCCCUUGGUUUCCAUCUGCAAAAUUGUGUUUUAUCUACAACAUAAAAUUGUGAAGUCUCUAGCUACUAAGUAAGUAUACAUAAGUCGGCAUGAUUCUUGAUUAUAUUUAAUAACGGUAUAUCAUAUUCCUAAACCGGAGAAACAGUGUCAACAAAAUUACAAUGUUUUAACCUGAAUUCCGGUAUUAAUAUUAGUAAUUAAGUAUCAAAGCGUUGUUAGUGAUAAAGUGAUGCUGGUAAACUGGGACCAAGUUUGUAAAUGAUAUUUAGUAAUGCUCAUGGUCAGGGUAUAGAUGUUAGCAACCUCGAAUAUUGACUAUUUUUAAGAGAGCCUUUUUGGAGGCCAACAGAGUGUGAUCUAGUCAAUUACUACUUUUUCAAGACUAUAUAUAGUCAGUCAAAGCAAGGUAUGUUCCUCCAUGUUGUGGAGUACGUAUUCCUGAGAAAUAAUUCAUGCUAUAUGUUAUUCUGUAAAUAUUUCCCUGCAAGACCAUCAAAAUAAAUACAACAGAAGGAUGCGAAAAUCAUUUCAACCUCAAUUUUCGUUAAUGUUCAUAAAAGAACACA